UUCAACCCAACUGGUGAAAGAGGAGAGAGGCUUCAUUGUGCAUUGACCCUUUAAAGCAGCCCACGUUAGUUGGCCUUGCACUGGCAUAGAACUGGGUUCCUCCAAGAAUCUGGCUCUGUUUUGCCAUGAAGGUACUCGUUGCUUUUUUUGUGAUUUUUAUCGGUAUCAUGGGAGUCUUGGGACAAAAUCCAAAGGCAAAGAAAAGGAGCCACAAUGAAGAGAUUCAUUUUCUGACAAAACUUAAAGAUGCCUGUACAAUGAAUAUGAGUGGAAAUGGAGAAGCGAAGCUCCGAAUAGAAUGUAAGAAUCAAAGCAAGGCUUAUUGGUGUGAAUAUACUGGAAAGCCCUCUCUUUGUCGUCCUUUUAAUAACAAUCCAAGGAUUUACUGGAAUCAGAUUGCCCUAGAACUGAGGAAACGGACCAACGCCUGCUCCUCCAGCCUCGUUCUGAAGCCUUCAGUGUGUCAGAAGGCGCCUCCUGAAGCUCAUAUGAAGCAAGUGGCUUCCAGCAUAAAGCCGAUCCCCGAUCCUGGCGAACAAGCAGCUGCAGUAAACCAAGCAAAAGCAGUUCUAAAACUGCUAGCGGCAGCAAAGCAGGUUAAAGAAAGCCAAACAGGAAAAGUUUCUUCUAAAAAAGUGGGGAAACCCAAGCCAUCUCCUCUACUUCCUAUAAAGCCAACCAGACAAGAUCUAGUGUUCAGAAAUGAUUCCGAAGCAAUGAAAUUGGCGUGGGAACAAUGUUGGGAGUCACUGCUUAGUCUUUAUUCCUACAUCAUCAGCAUCUUUCAAGGCUGAGGAGGAGAAGAAAAAACAGGAAAAAACUUACUUUUCC